CAGGUAAAUGAAAUGUUCUCGUUUUGUAUUGAACAAAUUUUGAGACAGGAGUUGUCUGUCCCUUUAAAUCACGGACGGGAGGGCGUCAACGGCAAAGUGGGUGAAAGGUCAAACCACUGACUGGCGAGAAAAAACGUCUACAAAAGUUUCGUUUCGCGUUUAGGUAAAGAAACCGGAAAAAGAGUCGUAUAGUUGUACGCUCACCCCCACAAAAGUUUGCAUAGAUUUCCUCCGAAGAAACGCCGACGCCAUGUUGACGAGAGCCGCAGCCGCCGACCUGAGGCGGAUGUACGCCUCCACCCUUUCACAAUAAAGCGGAAAGGGCGGGGCGGCGACGAGUCCGCAUCCUCCAUUUCUCUCUGGUGGGGAGAGUCGGGCCAAAGUACGGCGUCAGAUCUCGGUCGUCGCUCGAUUGUUACCCGCCGAACAACCGAGACUCUUGUUUUGAAGCUCUUCCGGUGAUCCUCGCCGAAAUCGUCGGUCGGUCGGUCGGUCGAUCGAUCGAUCGAUCGACCGCGCGUGUGCGAUGUCGUCCCGGAUCGAAGGCGAUCGGGAUUCGGAGCCCCAACUCAUUUUGAUUUUCAGCGGCAAACGCAAGUCGGGAAAAGACUACGUCGCGAAUCUCCUCGUCGAUCGGUUGGGAGACGACGUCUGCGACGUGGUUCGACUCUCGGCGCCUCUCAAAGCGGCUUACGCGCAGGAGCACGGCCUGGAUCUGGAGCAGCUUUUGGGCACGGGCGCUUACAAAGAAGAGUACCGGGCCGACAUGAUCCGCUGGGGCGAAGCUCGGCGCCGCGGAGACCCCGGUUUCUUCUGCCGCCUGGCCACCCGAGGGGCGAGCCGGCCCGUUUGGGUGGUGAGCGACGCGCGGCGGAUGUCGGACCUUCGCUGGUUCCGGUCCCGCUUUCCCGGCCGGACUCGCUGCAUCCGCGUGGAGAGCCGGCAAGAAACCCGCGGGCGGAGGGGGUGGAGCUUCACCGCAGGCGUGGACGACGCCGAGUCCGAGUGCGGCCUGGACAGCGGGGCGGACUUCCAUUGGACCGUCACCAACGAGGACGACGCCCCCUCGCUGGAUGAGCAGCUGCGGCCCGUCUUGGCGCUGGCGAACCAAGCCGCGGCUCCAGCGGGCGCGGCGCCGUGACUCGAGCCGCCGGCCCUGGUUCCCGAUCGGACCGCCCGUUUCGCCCGACCCCCGCCGCCUCACGGAAAGAAAACGGCGAUCGUAACAGAAAUCCCAUUUGGGGAUCGACGACCGUAAAGUCAAGAGUCAAAAUGAUUUUUGGUAUCCAAAACGAGGUCCGUGUUGAACUUCGGUUCGGGAUGGAAUUUGACGGCCAAUAAAGAUGUCGGACAAAUGAGCUGGAAUGUGCGUUUAUUUUAUUUUAGAAAAAAAAAAAUACCCAAAGCUGCCAGGACGACAGCGUAAGACUCUUUCGACGGGGCGGGCGCGUCCCCGAUUGGCCCCCGAACCCGGCCCGGGCCCCCGGGCUUUGGCGGAAAAAAAUACUCGGAACGAGCGAACGGACGUCGGCGGAACGUUCAGCAGGAGUUGAGCUCCUCCAUGGUCUGGUCCAGCGUGGCGUGGAGCUCGGCGUUGGCCGCUUUGGCCGCCGCCAGCGAUUCUGUCGGAACGGGAGAGCCGUCAGGCACGGGGGCGCCGGCCGGACGAGCCCUCGCUCGCUCGCUCGCUCGCUCGCUCGCCUACCUUCCAGGUCGUCCACGCACUUCUCCAGUUUGGCCACCUGGCGCUCGGCGGACUCCGCCCGGUUCUCCGCCUGGAGAGAAAGCCCGUGCUACAUAAAGUGCCAAAGCGGCGGAUGGUGGCGAGCGUGCCUCACCUCUGUCAGUUUGCUCCUGAGGCUACCGAUCUCCAGCUCGGAGCGCUCCUCCUGUUGGCAGAACUGCCCAGAAACGGCGGCGUGAGAUAAACGCCGCGUCCCUCCGUCCGUGGCUCCCGCGCUCCUCUUACCUUCUCGGCCUGAGACUCCAAACUCCUGGACGUGGCCACCAGACUCUUCAGCUCGUCCUCCAGCUCGCGACCUUUGCUGCGUAAAGGAACGGGCGCCGUCACCGCUCGGCUCUUUUGACCCUCCCCGCCGGUCCCGAUAGCAAGAGUUCAAAGAGUCGGCGGCGGCCGCCG